UAUUCGCACAGCGUGGUGCUAAUGAGGUCACUCACUCACUCACUCAAUGCAGUUGCAGUAGAUAGAGCCUGGCGCAUGUAUAACGGUAGUGAGGUGCAGAGUAGGCUACAACAGUAGUUAGUCAUAGGCUCUACUCCUACCGAAAACAUUUACGUGAUUUUCUGAACUACAACCAUUUCCUUGUGGAUUCCCUAGGGCCUCUCUCUCCCCCCAGCUGCCAACAUGAUGAAGGAGUGCCUCCAGUUCCUCAUCGAGCCGGCAAAAAAAAUUAAGAUCCGCCUCAAGGAGUCUCGUAAGAAAGUGACAAAUGAGAAGAAAGAACCUUUAGUGGAGAGUCAGCUGUUUAUAAUGGAGCUGGCCAGGGAACUCAACAGACUGUGCCAGAGGUCAAAUGUCCUAGCCCACAUCUGGACCAAUGAAGACUCCUGGCCUCCCAGUGUGUGUAGAGAAUGCAUAGUGGAGUGGGCUGCCGUGCUGGAGAAUAGAGUACAGGCGAGCACUCAGCUCCGGGCUGACAGGCCAGAGAAGAGGGAGUGGAACGGUCACCUGUUGUGUAUGCUGGAGACAGGUGGAGAGUAUGACAUGGCAUCCCACAAACGGGUCAUCAUGGACUGGACACACCAGCUCAGAAACAAACUCGAGCCCAGUAUCUGGCCCGGUGAGCCCGUAUUGAUGAUGUUGGAUGAUCUGGAGUUCCAGUGGAGGAGGGGGCGUCUGCCGAACCUUCUCCCAGCCAUGGAGCUGGUCAUGUGGGUCGUGCUGAGUGCAGACAGCCCUGACAAGGAGGACGUAACCAAGCAGUGGCUGAUCAGAAGACAGAGGAGUCAGAAGAUUGAUGCAGCACGCUACAUUCCCCAUAAUGUAUGGAACUGGAUCUGUGAUGCUGCAGAGGAAGUGACCCUUGACCCCAAGACAGCCAACCCUGACCUCAUCCUCUCCAACGACGACAAGCGCAUGUGCUGUGGCCUGGAGCGGCGAGACAUCCCUAACUGCACGUGUCGCUUCGAUGGCUGGUGGUGCGCUCUGGGAAACGAGGGCUACACCUCUGGGCGCCAUUACUGGGAAGUUGAAGUGGGCAACCGGGACUGGCGGCUGGGCGUGGCUAAAGCCUCUGCCCAAAGGAAGGGUUAUAGUUCCCUCAACACAYAGACGGGCUACCUCACCCUGCGGCUGGAGAGGGGCUCAGACCUCAAGGCCCUGACGGUGCCUUCCACCCCGCUGGCCCAGAUGCUGGUCCCCAGGAAGGUGGGGGUCUACCUGGACUAUGAGCAAGGCCAGCUCUCCUUCUACGACGUGGAGAAGAGGUCCCACAUCUACACGUACAACGAGACCUUCACAGAGAGACUGUUCCCUGUGUUUGGGACUGUAGAGGUGGUGAAGGGUCUGGUGAUCAGGUCGGCACAGACCAGGGAACCCUGCCUCUGCCCUGGACCCUGUCUCUGGUGCUAAGCUAAGUGCUCAGAUAACAUAUCACAGCAUCUUUAAAACUGGUCCUGGAGAGCUAGCCUAGAAUCCACACUUAGAGCUCGAUUCAAUCAGAUGAAGCGUUAACGCGCGAUAGCAGACGCCCACAUAGCUGAAGUUUUGGCGGUGUCGGAGUAGUUGUAACUGCGUUGGAGCUGUCAAAUCGGUGAGCAGCUGCUCGUAGUCAUUGUCACGAAGCCACACCCGUCCCACUCGCGUUAGACGUUCAGAACGAGAAAGUGGAGACCAUACAUAAAUAAUGACGCUCAAACUGAAACUCACUCAAUGAAAUAAUGAGGAUUUCUAUGAGCUUAAUCAAUGUGUAGAUUACAUCKCACAUUGCAGUGUUCGAACUUGUAAACAAGGCUGCAUUGGGAUGGCAAUGUUCACGAUAGGUAUAAUACUGGGAGCCGCUUGUGAAUUUUGACAGCUGUAACACGGUUCCACCUCAGACAAACGGCAAAACAACAGCUAUGCGGGUGUCGGCUAGCGUAGAUCUGAUUGAAUCGAGCCCUUAAUAUUGUAAACGUAGCAAUAUUCCGUGUCAAUUCCAGGCUAGUGGAGUGCAGGCGUUUUGCUCUACUCCAGCCCUAACACACCUUAUUCAAUGGUUUGAUGAUUAGUUGAUUAGUUGAAUCAGGUAUGUUCGAAUUAGGCUGGAACAAAAGCCUGCACUCCUCAGGACCAGGGUUGAAGAACAAUCAUUACCCCCUCCCAACACUUUUUCUCUUAAAGUGCCUUCAUACCAUCUGGAAAUGAAGUGGUAACUAUUUGUAUUGGUUGUUAAAUUGCCAUAGUAUUUCAUGGUAUAAAGACACUGUAAAAGAAAGUGCUGCCCAAAUUACCCAAAGAUCCAAUGUAGUUGAAAUGCUGUAGUUCAGUGAGAGAUUGCGCACAGAAGAAAGACAGACAGCACGCAGUAGUCUCAUAAUGUGUAUCAGCGUAUUUUUGGGAAGUUGCGGUAUGAUAUUGACCGUGUGUGUGUGUAUAAUGGUGUGAACAAUGCUUUUUUUCAGUCAUCGAUAAAUUAACCACAUUUUCAAA